AUGUUCUUUGACCAAAAAAACCUACAAAAUAAAAUUCAUAUACUCAAAAAUUUAAAAACAAAACUCUCCAGCACAACACAAACACCACCCGCAAUCCACCUACAUCACCCAGCACUAGUUCCACCUGUAGCUCCACUUCCACCAAGCACCAACCAAAACCAAGAGCCUACAUAUCAGCACACACAACACCAACAAAAACUAGCCCACAAGUCAACACACACACAACCCCACACCAACACGAACAACCCCACUUCUCUCGUUGCAUCUAUCUCUUUUAGUCAAAUUUUUUCCUCCCUUCUUCAUUACACUUACGAAUUGCUCACAGGCACAGACACAACUAAGAUCACUUGUUCAUGA